GACAUCACAACGUAAUUUAGUUGGCAACACUGCAAACAACCAUCCAGUAUGUCUUCCUCCAUGGGCAGCGGGAUGUUCCCCGGCCAGCAGUCCGCUGGUCCUCACCCUGUCGGCGGCCCGGGUCAGCCGGGACUACUAUCUGGAGCUCCGGGGAACAGGGUCCAGGGCCCCAACACUCUGGUAGACGACCUAGAGGCUUCUUUCGAGGCUUGCUUUGCGUCCCUAGUGAGUCAAGACUACGUGAACGGAACCGACCAGGAGGAAAUUCGGACAGGUGUGGAUCAGUGUAUUCAGAAGUUUCUGGAUGUCGCCAGACAGACAGAAUGUUUCUUCCUGCAGAAGCGUCUUCAGUUAUCAGUCCAGAAACCCGACCAGGUGGUCAAAGAGGAUGUGUCUGAGCUGCGGAAUGAACUCCAGAGGAAAGAGCUGCUAGUUCAGAAACACCUGUCUAAGCUGCACCACUGGCAGCAGGUUCUGGAGGAUGUCAGUGUCCAGCAUCGCAAACCGUCAGAUCUCCCACCACCUGGACCCCUGUCCUUCCUGGAACAGGCCUCAGCUAGUCUACCUGCUGCACCACUCAAACAGACCUAACACACACACACCUCUCUCUCCCAGGCCUCAGCUAGUCUACCUGCUGCACCACUCAAACAGACCUAACACACACACACCUCUCUCUCUCC